UUAAAAUAGAUUAUUUUAUAUUUUAAAAAGACAGACCGGUUCAACCGGUGAACCAUCGGUUCAACCGGAAAAACCGGAACCGAGAACCUCGCCGGUUCGAUUACCGGUCCGGUUUUCAAAACUAGGCUGGGAUGAGCUGUGGGAAGGGCGUAAGCUACCAAACUAGCAAAGUGCUGUGAUCAUCAGUCUCAGCGGCUCUCCAGCAGGGCCGAGACGUCCUCGCAUUUCUCCUGCAAGCUGAGCCACAGGCGAGCCGGUGAGAAUUGAAAUGGCAAAGCUGGUGGUGACCGCGACGUACAGUAACAAGGCUGCACCACUGAAGGCUCACGAGCAGACAGUGAUGGUGAAGGUUACAGCACCCGUGACCGCGAAGAAGGACACGGCGCCUCUGGAUGUGGUGCUUGUGCUCGACACCAGUGGAAGCAUGGCGGGCGAUAAGAUCAGCAAGAUGAAGGCGGCCAUGGAGAAAAUCUUGGAGAAGCUGGGCCGUCGUGACCGACUUGCCAUUGUCCCGUUCUCUUCGGAAGCCGUUGAAAGCAAAGCCCGGCCACAAUACACGAGCACGCAAGUAAAAGCAGACUCCAACGCAUUCAUCCACAAGCUGAAAGCCGAGGGCAAAACCAAUAUCAGGGCCGGUCUCCAGGUCGCCGUUAAGGUGCUGCUGGACCGUUUUACGGACAAGCAAGGGCGCACGGGCGUCAUCUUUCUCAUGUCGGACGGUAAGCAGAAUCAUGGCGACGCUGGGAAAGUAGAUGUCAGCGAAGUCAACGUCCAAACCUUCGGUUUUGGCGAAAAGCACGAUUCAAAAGUACGGUACAUGCAGCUGUGCUCUACUACAUGAUCAUAUUCUUAAUUAAUUACUAUAGCUACUCCCUCCGAUACAUAUUUAAUUGUCUCAAAUUUGUCAAAAUAUGAACGUAUUCAUGUUUAAAAA